AUGCGUGAAUUUCGUUCAGAUUUAAUAAAUGAACUUCUUAAUGAAUAUUUAAUUCCAAGUAAAAUGAGAGUAUUUCUCACAAGUAAAGAGUUUCUAUCAAUUGCAAGAGAAAAAGAAAAAUGGUAUGGUACACAAUAUAAACAAGAAUAUUUAUCAGAAGAACUUAUUAAACAAUAUGAAACAUGUGAAAUUAAUUGUGAACUUUAUUUACCAAUACCAAAUAAAUUUAUUCCGACAGAUUUUCAAUUAUUUUCCAAAGAGAAAAAUCUUACACGACCACAAAUACCAACAAAGAUUAAAUUAAGUAUUUCUGGAUUUAAUCAUAAGAUAAAAGAAUUACUGAAUUUAAUUAUUGAUCAUAUGAUUAAUAUUAAAGUAGAAGUAGAAAAGUUUGAAAUAAUUAAAGAAAAAGUUAAACAAUCAUUACAAUUUUUCCGUCGUUGUGUUCCUUCUGCAAUGGCAAAUUCUGGUCUUACGUAUUUAACAGCUGAAUAUGACUGGAAUAAUAAUGAACUACUUAGUUGUCUUGAUGAUAUUACAAUGCAUGAUGUAGAAUCAUUCAUUGCUCGAGUAUUAAAACGUUUUUAUAUUGAUUCAUUAAUGUAUGGAAAUUUAACAAAAAAUCAAGCAAUUGAAUAUAUGACUUUAGUCGAAUAA